AUGGAUGACUCUACAUCCAUCCAAGGGUCUUCUUUUGUCGAUUGUUACCUUGAUGAGCAGAUGCUGAAGGUGAAGGGUCGCCAGAGACUCCAUGAGAUUGAGCAGGAAGUUCAUAGAGAGCUGAGCGUGACACCAAGCCAAUGUCACCAGUCUCCAGGAGAGGUAACCAUGGAGGGGCAGCAGCUCCUGACUGACAAGGCCAAGCCAUCGGUUCCUUCCCAUGAGCCUCUUGGUUCUGCAGCUCUGAUGAGUGGCGACACAGCAGAUAUUAUCUCAGAGAUUCAGGCCCAGCCUGAGAUCAGGUCAGAUGAGAUGCUCCAGGUGGAGUUCCUCAGCCAGACCCAGGUGGAGAUUCCACAAGAGGUCAGGGAGGUCAUGGACAGCCUGCUGGACAAGGUGGCAGAUGGAGAAGCCCAGGAGAAGAAGGCUGAGGUCCUCGUGCCAAACCUGAUCCCCAAUCCUCCCUCAUCCUCAGAAGUUUAUGUCAUAAAGGUCCUGGACAGCCAGGUAGACAAGGCGAAGAAGGUUGAGGCCCUUGACCUUAGCACAUGUCCCAUACUCCAAACGGCCCUCACAGACACUGAGACCGUGACGAAGACUGCAUACAAGAUCAUGCCGAAGCAGAUUGUGGUACUUGGUUCCACCGUCAAGCAUAUCAUCACCCAGGUGCUUCUUCAAGUAGAUCCCCAAGCCUUUCAGGGGGGAGUCUAUUUGGAGACACCUGUUAUCAUCAACGACACCCAAGCUCUUCUGUGGUCUAUUCCCUGGGUCGAGGUCACUGAGGAGGAGGAGCUGUCUAACGGUCAGCAGUCCAUUGAUGCUUAUGAGGUGGCUAAGACUGUCAUCAACAACCUGGAGCAAGUGCUAGGCCCAAAACCUGUGCUGGCGAGAGCACUGGGAAUCAGGUCACACAUCUUGACAAGGUACAUUGUUCAUCUCGUAGGACUAUGCAUUGCUAAGACAGUGCCCGUUGUUUAUGCUGCCAAUGAAGAGGAGAGACGUAUCAGUCAGGACAUGGUGAACAUCUGUCCUCUACCUGCUAGAUUGAUCAUUAGUGGAGAACUAUUCAGUGACUUCGUAGUGAAGUUUAUUCUAAAACUUCAUCCAAUGAACGGACGCGGUACUAAACAGCUUGACCAACAGGCUCUGCUCUUACUGGUCGUUAAAAUGGCCUCCGUUGCUUUUAACAUAUUGAGGAAGAUUCCAGGUAUUUCUGUGGAUGAAAAGCUGUGCCCCCCCUUCUGCAACAUGAGGCAGACAGUGUUGCACAUGCAGAGUGCCAUGAUACAUCAGUUUGGCACAACAAUCAAGAUAAAAAAACUGGUUGCCAUGAAGGACACGGUGGUCAUCUCCACCAUCCCCAGUGCUAUCUGUGAGGGGAUCCUGAAGGUGUACAAGGGCAUCAGCGACACCUAUCCGCUUCAAGUCCUCGGCCCACAGUGUCCAAUAGCUAGGAGCUGCGAAGAGGCUAUGGAGAGCAAACUCUUUGCAGUAGCCCUACCCGAGAACCUUAGGAAGACCAUCUACAAUCACUACGGGUCCCGGGUCGGGAAACUGGCACUGUUCCAGAAGGCUUUCCCCCUGAAUGACCACAUCAAGUUGGAAUACAUCCGUCGUGUUUCUCUGCCUCGUUCCUCUAACAGAGAUGUAGUCUGGAUCGACCCCAAAUACUUUGUUGGGGACGACGAUGAAGAGGUUGUAACAUCAAGCAACGCAAUGCCUGAUAAUCCUCUUGCUCUCGACGUCAGUCAGGCUGCCUUUUUGAAGCAGUUCCCACAGACUGAUGUUUUCGAGUCAACCACAAAGGACUGUGGAAAGCCUGUGCAAGAACAGGCUCAGAAGGAGACCGAGAGGAACAAACCAAAGAUGACAAGCCUUGAUAUUGUUCCUGUUAUUCUUGUCAGGAAAGUCUUUGACUCUGUCUUCCCAGAUUCAUGUACAAUCAAGCAGCAAUACGGUUCAUGGGAAGACGUCCCACUUUGCAAUGAUAUGGUAGAGCACAUACAUAUCCAGGUUCAGAAAGAGGCAUUGAAAUACCAAAACCAAAGACUGUUCUUACGCACUCUGAGGAAGCUCAACGAUGAGCCGGACAAGAUGGCCAAAUUCUUAGAAGACGUCUCACUCUCUAUCAGGAGCAAGUACUUCAGGACUUUCCAUGAGUGGCCAUUGGUUAAAGCCCAGCUAUACCCAGAAAUACAGUCUCUGCUGGUCUGCGAUAUCAUGGUCAGAGAGAUCAUGGCUCACCUGAGGCCUGCCUUGACCUUCGCCAAGGACACCAAGAAGGGUGAUGACCGGCCAUACUGCAUCAACAUCCCGGUCAAGAGGGAGACCAGAACCCUGGAUGAUACAGACAAGACCAAGCUGGAGCUUUGCAUUGAGAAAGCCAGCGCUGACAGAAUGAAGGAACUCCUCACCCCACUUGAGAAGGAACCCCAACCCUUCUGGAUGAAGGGAUGGAUGGCAAUGAUGGAGGAGGAAAAUAAUAAAAAGAAGAAGGAGAAGAAGAAGAAGGGUUGCGGCUGGUUCUGGGGUUUGUUUGGCCGUAAGAAAAAAACAGCGAAAGAAUUGUGGAUGGAGGAUUGUCGCAGGCGCGGAUACUAG